AGUGUAAAGUCAUCUGAGCCAUUUAAUUGACGUCUGGCUGGCACACAAACAAUCACAGUGCCACUCUGACAGACUCCUGCUGAAGAGCUGUCAUUACUUUGUGAGCCUGCUUUUGGCUUCUCAGUGUUCACUGCGAGGAUUACGAGUAGUUUACUGUGACUUUUUACAGCAUAAACACAGUGAAGAAGAUCUACAGGAUCCUCAAUGGAGUGUCUCCAGCUCUGUGUCCUCUGCUGAGCGACCCUUGAGGCUCUUUUAAGAUUUUUAUUACAGAGUUUUCUGUAAAUCUGUUUCUACUGUCAGGAAUAAAUGAUCACCUCAGCUAGACGAGUCUCUGCAGAUAAACCUGAAGUACAAAUCUCUUUCAGCCUCGACGAAACCUCGGAGUUGAAAGAUGCAGAGGAUCCCCUUCCAUCAUUCCCUGACCUUGAACAACGCCUGCAGCCCGUGCUGCCGUUUCGGUCUCUAAAGGAGUCCAUUGAAGUGUACAAAAACCACUGCAAGAUUGCCAACGAGUUCAACCAGGUCAAACAUGAAAUCGCCAGGCUGGAAGAUAGGAAGAGAGAGCUCAUGGCAGAGCUGCUAGAGGAUGAAAGGGUGUCAAUGGAGUUUGCACGACUUGAGGAGGAAUACAGGAUACUUACAGAAGAGAACCAAAGUCUGAUAACAGUCCAUAGCCAACGCGCACAGCAGCUAGAGAUGCUCCGAGUGAUCAUUCAAAAGAGGCAGGGCUCCUCGUGACCUUUGACACCAGUGCAAAAGAGCUUUCACCUCUGGGUCUUCACCACUGCUUAUAAACAUCUCAGCAUUCCUUCAGUGCUGAAGUUGUACUGAAGCUGAAAAUUGACCUUGAAUCAAUGUGCUUAGACUGAGCGACUUAAUCAGUGUAUAUUUAAUACAUUUUAAGAUCAUAUGGAUGGUAUUGUGGCCCAAACUUGAGCUGAGAGGUCCCUCACUCAUAUAUGUCUGAUUAUGCAUUCUGAAUAUAUACUGUUUUUCUUCUUUGUGUGUUUUAAGGGCGUGUCUGUUGAUAAAUGUGCUUUACUCAUGUAAACUGUACAAAUGAAAUGCUCUGCUGUGAAAGUUGCUCUCUGUAAAAGUUUUUACCGUUUACUUGUCUGCCAAAACAUAAAAAGGGAAUUAAGGAAUUACAUUUCUGUUCAGCUAUUUAAGUUCAAGCUAGGUGACUGGUGACGAUAAAUGUGUGACUACACACCAUUGUUUAGUCACUCAGCAAUAGGGAACUUGGGUUUCGAAAUGUGAUCUGCUCACUGUGAAACUCUUCAAAAAUAUAAAUGGCUAACAUCCCAUCCAACAGCACUGAAAUACCAGGUGCAUGUCCACAACCAGUUUAGCAGCAUGAAAGGUUUGCUUCCUCUAGAUUUAGGGUUUAUUUAGUCUAGAGCUUUGUUUAGUUAGUGAAGUAUCGAGUUAUUUAUCAGAAUUAUGAUUGUGAAUGUAAAAAUGUAAUGGCAUAUGCAUAUUUUGACAUUUGGACUAUGUCUUUUAGAAUUAUAUAACUCACAACAUAUGUAAAGACUCUAAAUAAAAAAACUAUUUUGGUAUUAAA